AUGUCCGAGCAUGAUUGUUAUCGUAUUCUAUUUUUUCAAAUGUCGGCAAACAUCUUUGAUACUGGACACGAGGAUUUAAUUCACGAUGUCGCCUUUGACUUUUAUGGAAAGCGUCUGGCCACCUGCUCCUCUGACCAACGAAUUAAAGUCUGGGAGCAUAACUCUAAAAUGAAUAGUUGGGAAACUGUAGAUACUUGGAAGGCGCACGAUUGUUCUAUUCUUAAAGUUACGUGGGCUCAUCCUGAAUUUGGGCAGGUGUUGGCUUCAUGUUCUUUCGAUAGAAGCGUUUGUAUCUGGGAGGAACAAGAAAAUGAACCCAGAAAUAGUGGGAGACGAUUUGUUCAGCGGGCGCGUAUACAGGAUAGUUUAAAAUCCGUUCAAGAUAUUGAAUUUGCACCCAAUAUUCUAGGAUUGAAAUUGGCAGCUUGUGCAGCUGAUGGGAUUGUUCGGAUAUAUGAAUUCCUUGAAGUGACAAAUCUCGAAGAUUAUACGUGUAUGGACGAAUUUGAAAUUAAUCCGGGGAGCAUAACCAAAGAAGUUGAUGGGCAUUAUUGUAUUUCAUGGUGUCCGUCGCGGUUUAAUCCGCCGAUGAUGGUUGUAGGAUGUGGCAAAGAGGCGAAGAUAUUUCGACAGGAUGGACAAAGCAAGUGGCAAGCUUAUGAAGUUUUAUCAGGUCAUGAAGAUACUGUACAUGAUGUGAGCUGGGCACCCACCAUGGGAAGGCUUGUGUCUCCACAUUAUUUUCUUUUCUCUGAGGAUCAACACGUAAGAAUCUAUAAAAUUACGUCUGAUCGGACAAGAUAUCUCGCUGAGCUUCUGUGUAGCUUUCGCGAUCACAAUGUAGAGGUUUGGAGAGUGGAAUGGAAUGUUACAGGCACAAUAUUAUCAUCUUCAGGUGAUGACGGAAAAGUUCGAUUAUGGAAAGCCGCAGAUGGUGAAUGGAAGUGUAUGAGCAUCUUAUCGUAUGAUCGUCAAUCUGAACAUAGUGAAAUGUAA